AUGAUCACCUCUUCUCCUCCUCAAAUUCUUCAUAGACAAUCUAAACCGAGCCUUUUCCCUCCGGAUUUCACCCCUUCCGUCGGAGAAUCAUAUGCGAAACCCAUCUCUCUCUCGAGACGAUUUCGUGGCGCCAUUAUCGCCACCGCAACAGCUUCCGAUCCCUCCGGAAACGCGAAGCCGUCAUCGCCGGCGAAGAAGCUAAGAGAGAUUAUACAGUCCCCUGGUGUUCUUCAGGGUCCCUGUUGUUUCGAUGCUCUCAGUGCCAAACUCGUCGAGCGAGCUGGGUUUCCUUACUGUAUCACCACUGGGUUCUCAAUUUCAGCUGCUCGGGUUGGUUUGCCUGAUAAAGGACUCAUCUCUUACGGAGAAAUGGUGGAUCAAGGUCAACAGAUCACUCAAUCUGUAUCGAUUCCGGUGAUUGGAGACGGUGGCAAUGGGUUCGGUAACGCGAUGAACGUUAAGAGAACCGUCAAGGGAUAUAUCAAAGCUGGCUUUGCGGGAAUCCUCAUCAACGAUCAGGUUUGUAGUGGCGAUGUCACGCGUGAGAGAAGAGUGGUUUCUAGAGAGGAAGCAGCGAUGCGUGUUAAAGCUGCGGCUGAUGCACGCAGAGAGUGUGGCUCGGACAUCGUCAUUGUAGCUCAAACUGAUUCCAGAGAAUCUCUGAGUGAAUCGCUCAUUAGGGCUAGAGCCUUUACAGACGCUGGAGCUGAUGUUCUCUCCAUUGAUUCUCUUGCUUCUAGGGAAGAGAUGAAAUCAUUCUGUGAUGUGUAUCCACUAGUUCCAAAACUGGCUAAUAUGCUUGAAAGUGGUGGGAAGACUCCGAUACUAAGCCCACUGGAGCUAGAAGAGAUUGGAUAUAAGCUUGUUGUAUAUCCAAUUUCCUUGAUUGGGGUAUCAAUUCAAGCAAUGCAGGAUGCUCUAUUGGCGAUUAAGGGUGGUCGAAUUCCUCCACCAGGGAGCAUGCCUUCUUUACAAGAGAUCGAAGAGAUUCUUGGUUCUGACAAUUACCAUGACGAAGCAAAGCGAUACGUUACCUCCUCAUCAUCAGAUAAAGGAUGGAGCAGUAGUAGCGUCUAUGGUAAUCAACGAGUGGCUCAAGAUGUUUCAGAAAAGAGAGAGGACCCAGUUGUUGAAGUUGUGACACCUGAGGUGGUAAGAAACCCCAUUUCAAGUAAAAGAAACCCCUUUUCAAGAAUCUGGUCACGAUCUCUGAGGAUCAAAAUCAUUGGACGCGAUGGGUCUGAGAAACUCGAUGUCAGAAUUCCGGCUGGAUUUUUGGAAGGUGUCACCAACAUUGUCCCAGCUUUAGGUGGCGUGGACCUGAAGCAAUUGAUGGAAGAUGCAGCGGAUGAAGUCGGAGGUAUACUUCUGUUAGACUUUGAAGACACUAACGGUGAUCGAAUCCAAGUCUUUUUGGAAUGA